AUGACCAAGCGCAGGCGAGAUGGGAGAAGGGCUGGAGAUGGAGAGCAGCUGACCCCGAAUACACAAAGGGAGGACAGAAAAGAAGAGACCAAGAGAAUCAAGAAACUUCAACCAAAACAGAAAUACUGGCAAGAGCAAAAGGAGAAGCUUGACAAGGAGAGGAAUGAUACAGUGAAGUACCUCCGAGCGAAGGAGGAUAAGCUUGACAAGGAGAGGGAGGAGAAAGAGCAGUACCUCCGAGAUCAAAAGGUGGAGCUUGACAAGGAGAGGAAUGAUACAGUGAAGUACCUCCGAGCGAAGGAGGAUAAGCUUGACAAGGAGAGGAAUGAUACAGUGGAGUACCUCCGAGUGCAAAAGGAGAACCUAGACAAGGAGAGGGAGGAUAAAGAGCAGUACCUCCGAGCGAAGGAGGUGGAGCUUGACAAGGAGAGGGAGGAUAAAGAGCAGUACCUCCGGUUGCAAAAGGAUAAGCUUGACAAGGAGAGGGAGGAGAAAGAGCAGUACCUCCGAGAUCAAAAGGUGGAGCUUGACAAGGAGAGGGAGGCGAAAGAGCAGUACCUCCGAGAUCAAAAGGUGGAGCUUGACAAGGAGAGGAAUGAUACAGUGAAGUACCUCCGAGCGAAGGAGGAUAAGCUUGACAAGGAGAGGAAUGAUACAGUGGAGUACCUCCGAGUGCAAAAGGAGAAGCUUGACAAGGAGAGGGAGGAGAAAGAGCAGUACCUCCGGUUGCAAAAGGUGGAGCUUGACAAGGAGAGGAAGGAUAAAGAGCAGAGAACCUAG